AUGACGGAUGCCGAUCUCUCCAACGGUCCGUUUCCAUUUAUUCUCCUACAACUUCAUCAUGAUGAAAUGUGGAAAUAUUGGAUUUGCCAAUCAUGGUUCAGAUACAACAAGAUCGACAUUCCAAUUACCAAAUAA